AACCCCAUUCAGAGAUCAACGUCAUAGUACCACCUGAAAAUGCUUGCUAUAGGUGGCGCACUGACAACUUUGCAUGAAAGUGUGUUGUUGUAAUCUGUACCCUUUGUGCGUUCUUUCCCGUCUAGUGGUAUAUUUACCCGUUUGUCCAACUUGUUAUUCGAGAUCCCUCAAGGGAGAAAAGUGUGGGCUUGCAGGCAGACUGCUUGCUGCAUGUUGCAAACUCUCGGCAAUGUGCGUGGCAUAGCAAGUUUGAUGCCAGUUGUAGUAAAAUUAGACUUCACGAAGUUAGUUUUCGGUUUAUCCCCAGUAGUCCAUCUAAAAACUGUGAAGCCUAUUGUUCAAGAUUGUUUCAAAACUCAACUGGUCUCUGAUUCAUUGUUCUUUUUGAACUGUUUAUCAAUUUUAGCUCUUAUAUUUGAGAAUCUUUUUGUAACCCAAUAAGCAUGGAAGAUAUCAUCAUGGAAAGUGUAGAAAACCUGAAUGGCAAUGAUGUCAGUCAAAAGAUUAUGUCUUGCAAAGGUGGCCAUGAUGGAAAACAACAAGUUCCGUCAAAAGUCCUGCCGAAACUCUUCUACUCAAGAGACAUGUUGAUCAAACUUAGGAACCAUCCUAGUUCAAAGGAGAAGCCAUCGAUAUUUGAUGAUCAAGAUCGUGUAAAGAAUGGAAUGUGGGAUCCAGAACAUUGGCAUAGCAGAACUGCUAAGGAUCCUAAAAGAUCCAACGCAGGUCCUGCCACCGGAGCUGGUAACAAGGAAGAUCAACAGGAUAAGAAGAGAGGAAAGGAUGAAGGAGACGAAUUUUGUUUCACGCCACAGCGCCGUAGUUUCGUCAGCGGUUGCCACGUAGUACCAUCACGUCGGCAAGAGGCCGAACCUACUGUACCUCCUGGUGUUGCUGAAAGUGCCCGAGAAUCAACUUUGCCUGCACGCCGAGUGGGAAGUGGUCGCUUGACAGGUCGAGAUGCAGAACCUGUCCCUGUUAAGGAUUCCCGUGAUCGACGGGAACCUCUUCGAGCUCCAGCCCCACAACGAGAACGGACUUUCGAUAGAGAACCCCAGCGGAAUGAACGUGGAAGCGAAAGAAAUGAUCGCCACGAUCGGAGCGAGAGAAACGAAAGAUCCGAAAGAAAUGGGCGGACAUUUCAACCAUCCCGACCCGAUCCUCGGGAUAAAGAGCCGUCCGAAAAGGAACGUCGCAACUUUGAUCGUUCAGGCUAUGAGCGUGACUAUAGCGGCCGUGGUGAUCGUGGAGAUCGCGGAGAUCGCUACAAUUCGCGUCGGAAAAAUGAGGAUGACACUCCGGAAUGGUUUUUUGGAGGACCAUCGUCUCAACAUGAUACAAUCGAAUUGCGAGGUUUCGACGAAGAAAAAGAUAGGAAACAAAAUGCAAAAGCCUCGGCCAAAAAAGAACCCGUCAAAGAACGCCAACAAGUCACUGCUGCGAAAAAAGCUGAGGAACCGACAAGUAGUUCUUCUCGCCCGGGGAGCGCGCUAUCGGGAAAGAUUACCAAGGAAGAUCAACCUCCAAAAACCGAAAUUCCCGGGAAAAAAAGCUCAACAAAUCAAGAUAAAAUGGAUUUUAACAUUGAAGAUUUCUUAAAAAUGGAUGGUGAUCUUAAUGGACUCGGUUUAGGAUCUACUGAAAGCGAUGAAACGUCACGUGGAUCUAAAGCGAGUCGUUGGUUUGGCAAAGCCUCUGAUUUGCCAGAUGCUAGUAAGCCUGUAGCAUCCGAAAAUCCAAAGGCAGAUCUUUCUUCGAAUCAAGAGGCCGCGCGUUCCCUGUUGGAAAUGCUACAGAAAGGAAGUCAGCAACAACCGGAACAUAAAAAGAUAGUCACAGCUGAAGAAUUGGAACGCACUAGUGGAAAAUAUUCCAACAGUGAUGACGAUGGUAUGACGGUCUUCAACAAGCUUCUAGCUCAAGUGCAAGAGACUACAUCAAAGCCGCAUUCCGUCAUGAAUAGCGCGCCCACAGAACAAGAUAUUCUUGCCAAUUUGCUUGGUAAACAAAUGAAGAUUGACGCACAGCUGCCCCAAUCUGUUCAACAUCACGCUCAACAAUCGCAUCCGGAUGCAUUGGCUAAAUUUUUGCAGCAGCAACAGCACAACCAGAUGCAUCAUCAGAAUAAGCAGCCCCUUUUAAAUCAAAUGCAACACCAAAAUCAGCAACAGCUUCAUAAUAAUCUCCACCAGCAGCAGCCGCAGUCACACCAUCCUUUCUCGAUGCACAAUGAACAACAGCAUUCCGAUAUUCACGCAUUGAUGCGAGAUUUGACCAACGGACAUCCUCAGACUGUAAAUCAUUUGCAUUUAAUGGCGAUGCAGCAGCAGCAGCAACAACAACAGCAACAACAACAGCAACAACAACAGCAGCAGCAUCACCAGCAGCAGCAGCAGCAGCAGCGUCAGGCCUUUGUCGGUAGUCCACAACAGUCCACUGCGAAACAGUCUGCUUCUUCGUCAAGCCCCUUAUCGUUUACACCCACUGCGGUUAUGCGUAAAAUGGGAGCCGAAAAAGACAAAGCAAAGGUGGCAUCGUUGGAUAAAGGUGAUGGAGUAGAUGCGGGAAUAGCAACUAAUUCAUCUCCUCCAACUAACCAAAGCUCGGCGACAUCGAACCGUCUAACCGGGAGAACCGCCAGCCAAGUACAAGGUGCUUCACGUGUCAGCAGCCAAAUGAGAAUGAAUGACAUGUCCGCGGCCCCGCAGCAGCAACAGCUUUUAACCGGACGUCCGCUUGUCAAAGGACAAGAAGGCAUACUUCCAUUCCAACAGCAGCCACAACAAGUGGGUAAUAGACCAUUUGGAUUGGCUUCUGCAUCGAAUGCCGCCAUCACUGGUGUGGCGGUCAAAAUGUUAGAACAACAGCAGCAGCAUCAACUUCUAGCCGCAGCUGUAGCUGCCUCUGCAACUCAGACCCAGCAACAGCUCAAACAACAAAUCCUCCAGCAGCAACAACAGCAACAGAGAACUUCGCCUUUACAGCAGUCUCUGUUGGCAUAUGCUGGUGGUCUCCAAACAAAUAUGGCGUUGCAAAAUCGCGGCAUUCCUAAUAAUGUUCCAGUUGGCAACCGAACUCAUUUUAGACCCAUUCAUCCACAGCCAAUGAUUCCUCCUAUCUCAGGAUACUCGCCGUAUUUGGCUAAUCAAGCGAGUCUUCAAACUGGUCAGAGCCGUUUACCGAACAAUAUGGGUUCUUCCAACCAGUUUUAUGGAGUGUCUCCCGCUUCUUCAAACAUAAGAAGUUCAGCGCAAAGUCUGAAUGCACUAGCUGCACUGCAACAACAAGCAUUUGGCGGUAACAGAAGCCCCAAUAUGUUGCAAGGAGGCAACCCAUUAUCCCGUUGGUUCCCUCCAGAGAUUCUUUCUCAAGCCGGUUCUGGACAAAUGCCGACACUGCCACCAAUGCCGAAUCAGAAAAUUCUCAGCCUGGAAGAGUUGGAACGUUUGCACACUUCGCCCAUGUCGCACUAGACGUAACGGCAAGUUUUUAAGACGUUAAAUACCAAGUUAAAGUUUGAGAAGUCGAAUUCCAGUCUAUUUGCUAAAGAGCGUGAGUUUCCAAAUGAAGGAAACCUCAGUUCCUAAAUAGAUUGGAAACAUCGUCACGAAACCUGCACGCAAAAUCGAACUUGAUAAUGAUUCAAAUCGGGUGUUCGUACCUUUGAGCCUUGAAAUGUAUUUACAAUAUUAGCAAGUAAUUCUCUGAAAGUCGGGUUGUAGCCGAGUUGAGUUUAAAAAACACACAACAAAAAAAGCAACCUAGUUUUUCUUGUGAUACGGAAGAUUUUGAUUUUUUUUGUGUGUGUUUGCGCGCGUUUGUGUUUCGGGUAUUAUGUGUAUAUUUUCUCCUAGAAUAAGGCAAAUUUUUUUAGUUUCUUCUUUGUCAUAUCUGCCAGUGUACGUGGCUAAUCUCUUGCUUUCGAUUAUUAAGAAGAUGGUAUUUUUUGUUACACUAUUUUUCUUUCUCUUGCAUAAGUUUCCCGUAAUUAUCAGGAUUCUCGUCUGUUUAUUUCCCCCUUCAGUAGCGAUUCAAAUUUCUGGCUCGUCUGAAACCCAUAUCAGAAUAAAGCACUUCUUGGUUAAUUGGGUUUGGAAAGUAACUAAAGGUGUCCAAAGUGUUUAUUUCAAAACUUGUCCCAGUUGCUGGAAGAAAUCCUUGAUUCAGAAGAUUCGUUAUGCUAUUAAAUUUUUUUUCUGUUCCUCCCCAUUUUCCUAGACUUGAACAAGAAGAGCGCAUCAAAAUUUUUGUUUAUUUUCUUUCCUUCUGGUCUGUCGAAUGUGAGCGGUGUAUGUGUGUGAAUGUGCGCGAGCUAGUUCAGUGCCCUGAGUCUUCUGUAAAUAUUCUAAGCAUCUGUGGAAAACAUGGUCACGUUCACAUUUUCUUUCAGCAAAUGUUAUUAUUAUAGUUCGCCCUUAUUAGAAUACUAAGGUCCAGUAAGAGGUACCUAACUUGGAAUACGGUAAAUAUUCAAUAAAAUGUAAACUGAUCAUGUA